AUGAAGAAGAACAACUAUUUUCUGAACAUGAGUUUACCAUCCACUCAUCUGUUCCUCAUGAGGAAUAUCAUCCACCACAGUAACACAAACAUGAAUAACCAAAGGCUUGAAAAAUUGAAAAAGACUUUCAGAGGCGUGCAUCUAUCUCUGAACAGCAACAGCCAGGCAAUAUUGGAUAACUGUCCAAAUUCAGACACUGUAUCAUCUGAAACCUCUACCAAUAUUCCAAUGGAAAUUGAUGACCCACAUGUGUCGCCAAUGCCUCUCCAACCAGCACUUAGUCCGUCCUUGACGGGUCCCCACGAUGAGGUUCCCAAUGAUGUGCCAUGUGUAACAGCUGCCACAAAGAAGUUCUGGGAAGAAGAAUGGAACCAUGUCCAAGAACAAUUACUUAAUUAUGUGCUGGACAAGAGUCGACCAGGGGCAGAAUACAUUGUGAAAGAAGGACCCAUUUGUGUGACAAGAGAAGAAUUCUGGAGCCUUGGGUUGCAACGAGACAUGGAUUCAACCAUUGGAAAUGCCUGUAUGUACUUACUCAAGGAAUUAGCCCUGCUGCAUGGUAAAGACAUAUUUAUAGCGGACAUGUAUGUUGUUCCAACAUGGAAAACCACACCACCUGACAUUCUUGACUUUCCAGCAGAUCUAAGCAUGAAAGACUUCUUAGUCUUCCCAGCCUGGACAAACUCUCAUGGGCCGGACCACUAUGUUCUUUGC